AUGAAGUUCACCGGUGUUACCGCCCUGACCGCGCUCGCCGCCCUCGUCGCGCCGAGCUCCGGCGCCAAGUCCGGCUCCGGCGCCUGUGCCUCCGGCAACAAGACGCUCACCGUCGAGACGGCGCCCGACUUCGUCCGCCCUUACGUGCUGCCGCGCUUCCACGGCAAGGCCAUCAUGCUCACCAAGACGCAGACCAUCACCUUCUCCAUCACCGCCAACUCCUCCGGCGGCGCCUUCACCCUCGUCCAGCACAACGGCAAGGUCACCAACUGGCUCAACGCCCGCCCGCACAUCCACAAGACCUACCACGAGCACUUUUACUGCGCCCGCGGCCGCGUCGAGCUCUGGACCAAGCGCAACGGCACCUCCCCCGACCAGCAGCAGGAGGAGGCUCGCGUCGCCAGCUUCGGCGACUACGGCAACGUCCCGCCCGGCACCAUCCACACCUUUCAGCUCGUCGACCCGGACUCGCAGCUGACCCACGCCUUCCACCCGGCCGGCUUCGAGAAGCUCUUCGACGACGUAUCGUCCGGUCGCUUCUCGUCGGAGGCGCACGCGCCGUACGUGCCGGACGAGGUGGACGAGCAGCCGUACGGGCCGAUGACGCCGGAGCUGCACGAGCUGUUCGAGCCGCUCGACCUUUUCGCCGUGGAGGAGCAGCAGUACAUCCCGCGCCGCGACUUCGUCAACGGCACCGCCUCCGCCGAGGGCCUCAACUGGCACAACGGCACCAACGAGCUGCCCAAGGACAACACCAAGCCGUACUACGUGGCCAACAACUACGGGCCCAAGUUCCUCAACACCGAUUCGGGGUACAAGGUGAUCCAGCCCAUCUCCACGGUGGACAACUCGCACAACGGCAACUUCACCAUGGGCACCAUCAUCAUGUCCAAGAAGCGCGACGACGAGACCACCCCCCGCGUCACGCUGCCGCACCACCUCGGCAUCCAGAUGGACGACGGCCAGCUGGUCCUCUCCGUCAAGGGCUACAAGACCACCUACCUGCUGCAAGGCGACGUCGCCUUCAUUCCCGCCGGUACCCCCUUCAGCUACCACGCCACCGUGCCCUUCACCAAGUUCCUCUACCUCAACGCCGGCCCCAACGGUCUCGAGUACGAGCUCCUCAAGCGCAGCAUGCCUUGGGGCUUCCCCUCGUACCCUGUCGAGGCUGGCUUCAAGGCUGUACAAUAG